AUGAGUAAGCAGGCUGAUAUCCUGGACCAGCUUCGUCCGGUGCCCCUGGUCCUUGCCGGAGACGGCAGCUAUGAAAUCUGUGAAGAUGCUAUUUUUGUGUGCGGUCAUACAGCCAGGACAUUCUGUUCAACCGAGGUCUCCAGCAGCAAUGCCAUGGAAGCGUACAGCCUUCAGAAAUGCCUAGCAUUCCUCGAGGUCCAAGACAUGGUUGUGGACAGUUUAGUCACUGACCGCCAUUCUGGCAUCAAGGCCAUGCUGAGGGAGUCCUGCCCACAUAUUAAACACCGAUUUGAUGUGUGGCACGUCGUGAAGGGUAUCAAGAAGAAGCUCAUAGCCCUGAGCCGCUCCACAAAGCACAAUGUUGUGAAACUGUGGAUUGAGAGCCUGACCAGGCAUGCCUAUUGGUGUCCGAAAACGAGUGGGGAUGAUGAGGAAUUGUGCAUCGCAAAGUGGGUGUCGGCACUUAACCACAUUGUCGACGUCCAUGAGCAUGACGACCCCCUGUACCCAGUUAGCUACCAUGGUCCGCUUUCGGAACCACGACAGUGGCUCAAAGAAGAUACAGAGACCUACAGACGAGUGAGGGAUAUCCUGAUGGCACCUAUGCUCCUGAGGGACAUCCCAAUGCUCUCCUCGCACGGGCAAACUUACGGACUAGAGGCUUUCCACAGUGUCCUCAUCCAUUUCCUGCCAAAGUCCUAUUCAUUGUCGGACGAGGGGAUGGUCGCCAGGACACAGCUGGCUAUCCUCCACUACAAUGAAAAUGCGGACCGCGCGCAGUUGGAGAGGGAAGGUACGAAACAGUACCGCUUGAAGCCGUGCAAGCUCAAGAAAACGCAGGUUGAUUUUCUAUCUAAGACGAACUAUGGAGGUGCUUGA